AUGUUUAUUAAUACAAUAUUAAGUUUAUUACUUUUAACAAUUAUUGUAAAAAGUAAUGAGACUGUUAAUGAUUCUAAAUCACUUCAAGAAAAAAAACUUUAUGAUCAUGUUAAUGAAAUGAAAGAAUAUAAAGUUCGUAGAAAAAGAAAUUGUUGUGCCACCUGUCCACAUGGAAGAGAUUGUGGUUGUGGUGAUUGUUCUUCUUUUCAUAAUCUUCAAUGUCGUUCAGAAUGUAUGCCUUCAUGUGAAAAAUUUUGUAUUCAAGGUAUUUAUAUUUUUAAUGGAUGGAAUCAUAACCUUAAUAAUUUUUUAAUACCACCUCAAUCUUAUGAAGUUCAAACUGUUUAUGAAGUACAACAACCAAGAAUGUGUAUUGAUCAAUGUAUGCCUAAAUGUGAACCAAUGUGUGUCAAUAGAAUUAAUAUUGCUAUACCUCAACCUAAAUGUCAUGAUCUUUGCAUGCCAACAUGUUCACAAUCAUGUAUAAAUAGAUUGGUAGUUGAAAUUCCACAACAACGAUGCCAAGAAAUGUGUAUGCCAUCAUGUUUACCAUCAUGUACUCAACAAAUUGUUAUACCAAUACAACAAAAAAAAUGUAUUGAUCCUUGUAUGCCAUUAUGUCAUUCAUCAUGUACAUCACAAGAAAUUAUCAUAACACAACCAGUUCCAAUGCCAUCAUGUGGUGUACCACAAUGUCCAACCUGUGCUCCUGAUUGUGUAUCAAAAUAUAAUGUACAUGUUGGUGUACAACAAAAUAAAUGUCAUGAAGCUUGUCAACCAUCAUGUCAUAAUAGAUGUAUUGAAGCUAUGUCUAUGCUUGAGAUUCAAGUUCAGGUACCACAAAAAAGAUGUCAUGAAGCAUGUUUACCAUCAUGUAAUAGUAGAUGUGUUGAAGCUGUAACAAUGUUUGAAGUUCAGGUAUCAACACCUUCAUGUGGUAUUCCUGAAUGUCCACGUUGUGAAAAAUCUUGUAUUGAAAAAUUUAGACCACAAUCAACAUGUCAUUAUGCUUGUCGUCCUCUCUGUACACAACAAUGUAUUCAAUAUGUUCAAACAAUGGAAGUAAAAAUAACUCCAUCUUGUGGUAUUAAAGAAUGUCCAACAUGUGAACAAAAUUGUGUUGAAAGAUACCGUACUCAAGUAUCAGUUCCUACUCAAAGUUGUAUAUCAUAUUGUCAACCACAAUGUACUCCACAAUGUAUUCAAGCAUAUGCUCAUAUUGAAGUGUCAUCUAAUAAUGGUAAUGGUACACCUAGAAAAUUAAAAUGUACUUCUGUUCCAUGUACCUGUCCAGUUGGAUAUAUACAAUGUAGUCAGAAUGACUGUUGUUUAAUGUAUUUUAAUAUGGCUAAAAAAUAUUUAAAUAAAGCAAGAAAACAACAAAAAUCUGAUACUAAUUUUGAGAAUGAUUAUUUUCCAAAAAAAAGUAGUUUUCAAAAAGGUUAUAUGAAAGAUGAAAGUGGUAUUAAGAAAAAAAGUAAUAAUGCAAAAAAUUUGACCAAUUCAAAUGAAAAAAAAAAUUGA